UCCACUGAGACAGUCGUGGGUGGCCUUCACACUGUAUGUGUUGACAAACUUCCUAUCUCCCUAGGGGAGAGUGAUCACCUCCCGAUUUUCCUUUUCUCGCCUUUUGAAGAUCGUUCCAGAAUGGCGACUGAGGUGCCUGACGCGUUCGGCGAGAUCGUCAUCGUGUUUGCUGACGAUGGCAACGAAUGGGCCUUGUUCAUCCAGCGUAAACUCACAUCCCCGGAGUACACAAUCGCUACCCACGCACAUCACUACAACACCGUGAACAUACCUUCUCUCAAAAACUACAAGGUGCAGGUGGUGCUUAUCUCCCCUCAACUCCUAGAGGGCGCUGCAAGUAAUCAGUGGGACUUCGCACAGUUUGAAAAGUCAAGCACAGUCAUGGUUCUUCUUGGACUUGAUGUUAUGGAAGUGAAAAAUAUUUUGCAAGCUAAGAGCGAAUAUAUAUUUCAAUGUAAUCACGAAACAAUCCAUCAGAAUGAUCCGGGAGCAUCUCUCCGAAAUGCAUUGAUGGAGAUUAUCAAGGUGUACGAACGUGAUGAGUUCAGUGACGAUGAAGACCCAUUUGAAGAAACGGAUAGUAUAUACCAGUACCCCCCAUCACCACGCCAAAUCAACCAAAUCUACAAGAUCAUUCCUAAAGCCCUAAAUUCGUCAUCACCCGAGACUCUGAUUCUCCUGGAUCGGCCAGCAGAUUCCGAUCUGACUGUGGAGCUAAAAACAUCACCACCGAUCAAGGUCACGGCAGAGUUCAUUGACAAGGCCGUGUAUGCAGUGAAUAUCCCAGACAGAUGCAGUGGAACUGUACCUGUGAAAGUCUCAAGUGGUGAUCAAGUGAUAGCUGAAGAUCAUGUGAAACUACAGACUAAGAUGGACCAAUUGUGUAACUUAUUACGUGACAUUACCGACCCCAUGAGCGUGAUGUGUCAGGCACUGGGGUUGAAAAGUGAUAAAAACGAGGCAUUAGAUGCAGCUAUGUCACAGCAACUGAAGAAAUGGUCCCCUCAAAAUAUACAGAUGCUUCAGAUGUUUGAGGCCAAUGUCACUGAUGAGAGGAGCAGUCACGAGUGGCCGACUAUUGCUCACUUUGCUGCCGAGUUUAACUUGGUAAAUACUUGCACAGAAUUGCUGCGGUUUCCGCCCACGUUCAUUGUGAUGGCGUGCUGCAUGGAGAACUGUAAUGGUGACUACCCAUGUGAUAUAGCAGAGAGGAAGGGCUACCAACAUCUUGCUCAACUUCUAACGCGUGUUGUGGAGGAUCACAACGUGGACAGUGGGAUCAUGGAACCAGAGUUACCUCCCCCUGCCCCUCAUAUGAAGGCAUAUCACUACGUCAACCAAAGUACCGAUACAGUGAAAGGGGUGUUGGACUUGGAAUCGCCAUAUAUGGACAUGACUGGUGUACAGAAAGUCCUCCCAGGAGAUAAGCCCUUUCCAUGUAAGAAGAGAACCAAAUCUAAAGGCACACAGGAAGUUCAUAGGUCCGUGUCGGAAGGAGGCAAGAGGCUGUCAUUCAUGAACUUAGAAUCUGCUUCUUCCAAUGGUGAAGACAGCACAUCAGAUGCCUCCAAGCCCCGUAGCCCCCGUCCAGCCAGCGAGGGAUCAGCAGAAGAGGCCUCGAGUUCUCCUGAAGCCUUGACCGACUUCCUCAGCAGCUUCAAACCUCCUCCAUCACUUCCUCUUAAGAAAGGCCCUCCAACACCUGCUAAACCACAGCUAGCUUCCAAACCUCAUCUCUCCCAAUCUGCAUCCCCAUCACAGUCAUUGUCUUCAUCAGUGUCCUCAUCAAUGUCAUCGCGUCCUGGCUCCUCCGUCAAACCACCUCCACCAAAGGGUCCAAAACCCAGGAGUUCGUCCAGUCCUAAGGUCUCCGAUGUAGAGUCUAGUCCCUCUGAGUCUCCUCAAACAAGUCCAAGAGAAUCGUAUGUGACAAGUGAGAAGUCACCAGAGUCCACAGCAGAUGUUCCUGCUGGAGACACCCAGCUGGUGUCACAACUGUAUGGAGACACCCUGGCAUCCUCCUCUAUACCAGGAACACAAGGUGUCCCACCGGAACAUGUGCUGUCUGAUGAUGAAGCAUCCGACAUCAGGUUGGAAGCACAUGAACAACCAAGUGCUCUCAUUGGGGAUACAUACACGACCAGCGAACUCUCCAUGAGAGGAAAGACAACAACCAGAAGUAAGAUCUCAUCGUUCCUCAAACGUAUCGGCAUGAAAAAACACUACAGUGAGCAUGACCUUCAUAGGAGUGACAAACAAAAGAAAACGCGUUUUUAUGUGCGUCAAGCUCGAGGCAGUGACCCCGGCCUAUCAGGUAUUGGCAUUGAUAACCUCCAGCACGGAGCCCAAAAGAGCUUCACUGUCCCACGAAAGAUGUCCCUGCCGGCGGUAUUAGAACCCCCAGAGCCCCGUGACAGUGGAAGCUUUAGUGAAGAAGAGGAUGGCACAACUGAUGCUGAGAAAAUUUCGUACAGGAGGAAAUCGGGUAAACAUGACAGGUCUCACAGGUCUCGGCAGUCUCUGGAGAGGAAGCAGUCGGUCCGUCUUUCACGUGCAAUGAAUGAAAAUAUCAGCGAUGCACCCAGCAUGCCUCAACAGCAAAAGCCGUCGAGAUUUCGUAGCAUGCUGUCGUCGGCCUCCACAUAGACACCUUACAAUCCCUCCCAUGCAAUAGCAAUCAGUAAACCUCCUCUGUUGGCAAUAGAAGACCCUCCAUCAUGAUAGCUCUGCAUGCGCUUCGUCUGUAUACAUGUAAUGAAGACAUACUGGUUUGUUUGUAAAGUGCACAUAGGUUUCAUAUCCUAGAUAUGAGUGCACAUUUUGUAACAUGUGAAAAAUAAUGUAUCUGUACUGACAAGCAAAGUUCGUCUCUAUGAGUCAAUAUGUAUGUGGUGCGGUUGGGUAGCCUAGUGGUUAAAGCAUCUGCUUGUCAUGCUGAAAACCUGGGUUUGAUUCCUCACAUUGGUACAAUGUGUGAAUCCC